UUCAUUUCCUGUUACUGUAAUACCCCUUGUCACAUUGUGUAUGUGGUCAAAUGUAGGUGUUUUGGUUUUGCUAAGCAGAAAUAUCUGAGACGUGUCUGUAAAACAGGAUGUCAAAGCGAAACAAGAGACAGUUGGUUCAGCUUUGUGGUAGAGUUGAGCUCACCUACAAAGUAUUUUUGUUCACAAUUAAUUGUGUUGAACAAACCUUAAUCAGGUUCCUUUUAACUUACAGAAAGAGCAGAUGGAUUAUACCAACCUCACACUUUUUAUCUUUAUAUGGAUUUUUGUUCCAUCCUGAUGAUCAGAAGAGUGUUUGAGGAUUUAACAGAUCUCUUGAGAACAACAAUUUUCCACCCUGAUGACCACAGAGGCCUUUGAGGGUCCCAGACGUCCUUCAGAACAACACACUGGAUGAACUGGUGAUUUACACAGGCUACUGGUUUUGUAAACUGGUGCAGGCUGCUGCUGGUUCUCAGGUUAGUCAGAGUUAUGUCGUGGUGUUGUUUGAUAAGCUGCUCGGCAGACACAGACCUCCGACCUCGGAGCUGAAGCUAAAUCGUAGCAGGAAGAGGUGGAGCAGGAUGUGAGCUUGAAACUUGCUGUGGGAAACAAACUCGGUGCAGAGACAAAACAAACGUCUGCUUCAAAGACACAAACUGUUCAUACAUGACGACUGACACAUGAAACAGGUUCAGAUCUUUCCUGCCAGGAUGGUUCAAGAACUGAAGCAAUAAAACUUUCUUUCGACUUCACCUCUUCUGUUGUGAUGCACUUGUUUCUGCUCGACCCCGCAGUGCAGCGUACCAAACGUCACAAUGACACAACUUCCUGAAAACAAACGUUACUGAUCCAGUUGCUUCUUUAAGCCUAAAUUUUAAUCUCAUGACAGACUGAGACAUUUAGAAAAAGCUAAGAGUCAGAUCGAGAACACUGACAUGUUUGCUGUAAUUACGUCACUCACUUUGAUGUUUGCCGUGUUCGUCUCUGCAGACCAGACAAUCAUCACAGCUGAGUGUGGACAGGACGUCACUCUGACAUGUCGAGCUCCAAACAACAACAACAAGAUCAUAGUUGUAGAGUGGAGCAGAGCUGACCUGGAGCCACAACAUGUUCUUUUGCAGCAGAAUGGGGAGUUUGAUCCAGAUGGUCAGCAUCCAUCUUUUAAGAACCGGGUGGAUCUGCAGGACAGACAGAUGAAGGAUGGAGACGUGUCUUUGAUUCUGAAGGAUGUGAUUAUUAAUGAUAAUGGAACAUACGAGUGUCGUGUUCAGAGACAGAGAGAAAGUUUAAGUCUCAUCACCAGUGUCUACCUGAGUGUUGUUCCUCCAGGUCAAUCACGAGGGAACAAAGAGGAUGGAAGGAACAAAGAUGGAGGGAAGGAGGAUGGAGGGAAGGAGGAUGGCUCUGUUGGACUGAAAGUUGGUCUGUCAGUUUCUGCUGUGCUUCUGGUUGCUGCUGUUGGAUUUUUGAUCUAUAGAAAAGUAAAAAGUAAAACGAAGCAGAGGCAGAAUUCAUACCAGCCUCCUGAUGAACUGCAGCCUGUUUGAAAUGAACUCUGAGUCUCCUGCUGCUGUUCAGACUCUCAGUGUUGUCAGUGAACAUUCAGGUACAGACAGACAUCCAAUUUGUAUUGAAACAAACACACUUCACAGGGAAAUCAGAAAUUAAUCAACCAUAACAAUAAACUACUGAAAUAAUUUUUCUUUGCUCAAGAAUACAAGUAAAUCACUAUAACUUAGCAUCUUAAUCAACCAAAAAAAUAAUAUGAUUUAGUUAGUUUUUUUUUUUUUAUUUCUGCUUUUGUUGUAAAAUAGUACAUUUGAAAAUUCAUGCAUAACAACAAUUAUUAUAUUUUAGCAUUACAAAUAUUUAGGUGCAAAACUCCAAAAGUUACUGUUAUGCUGCCAAACUGGUUCAAAAACGGAUAUCAGCUGAAAAACAAUUGUGUUCUCUGCAUCCUGAGGUUUCAGAGUGUGUUAACCAAACAGUAUCAAGUACAUGAGUUAAAAGGAUUCCUGUGUUAUGACUAACAUGGCAUUCAUGGUAGUCGCUGUGUUUACCAUGUUUAACAGUAAUCAUGUAUUGGGAGCAAAUGUUGUGGACAGUUUAAAUGUCUGUAAAGAUAUGUUCAUUUAUUUUGAAAUCAUUUGCACUUUUAAAAUAAUGUUUUACUUCAUUAUUUUUGUUUUGGAAAUGUUUUGGUUUGUGUAGAUCAGAGUCAGAAUACUUUAUUAAUCCCUGAGGAAAUUAUGAGUGGGAUUAUUGAGUGAAUGAAUUCAUUGCUAACUGCUAGAAAUAAUAUUAAAGUUAUGCAACACUCUCUGAAAUUAGAGCUAUACAGCACUGUCCCUGUCUUUCCCUCCCUCUAGUCUGUCUUUCUCAGGCCUUGUUUUGGUUCCUCUGCAAUCAGAAGCACAGUUAGAGUCCGAUUCUCUCUGUUAAUCCACACUUUCACAGAACUGACUCUUGAGCCUGUGUGCUGCUUGCUGUCUUUAACAUUAUCAUGAGACGUAUUCAGACUGUGUUAGUGUGACUCUGUGAACUACUGUGUGUGUUCAUCUGUGAGAUUUUCAUUAAAUUUGUUUACAGGAAGAACAAAA